AUGGAUGGCAGUAAUCGCAAAGUCAUUGCUCCUCUCCUAACUCAGAGAUACCGGAGGAUGGUCACCAAGGAUGGCCACAGCACACUCCAAAUGGAUGGCGCUCAAAGAGGUCUUGCAUAUCUCCGAGAUGCUUGGGGAAUCCUAAUGGACAUGCGCUGGCGCUGGAUGAUGAUGGUCUUUUCUGCUUCUUUUGUUGUCCACUGGCUUGUCUUUGCAGUGCUCUGGUGCCUUUGUGGCGAAGAUUGCCCGGCCAAAAAAUCGAGCUUUCUCAAUUCGUUUUACUGA